AUGGACGCUCUGAAGGCACAGAUUGCGUCCCAGAAACGCAAGAUCGCCCAGGAACAUAAUGAUGGUAACAAAUACAUGAGAAGGGGUGAUAUUGAAGCGAUUACUACUCAACAGUAUGCACGGGAAUUGCAGGAAAGGACGCCUGAUCUACCCGAGUCAAACGAGCAUAUCCAGGCCACUUCGCAGAAUAUGGCCGAAUCGGCGAGGGACGACGUCAUGACGCCAAACCAAGAUGAAUUGGUUGCACAGAAAACUCUGGACCCAUCCAAAGAUAAAAUUAUGUGCCGCUUGCGUGAAAAGUCCGAGCCAAUUUGCCUUUUCGGCGAAUCAGACGAAGAUCGCAUUCAGCGGCUACAUGCGCUAGAACAAGCUUCUGAGCGCGAAAUCAAGGGAAAGGGGGUGUUUAUUGAAAAUUCAAAGAAUGAGUAUGAGGGUGGUGCAGGUGAAAAGUCUGUCUCGCAAGGCCAAGAAAAGGAUACACCAAGCAAGGACCGAGUCCCUGCUAGGAUGCGCGAAGGCGUGGGAAUGCAUACCGUUAUGGAUCUGAAACUUAUAUGGACAGACACACCUCGUGUGUAUCCGAUUAUCUAUUAUACGCUAAAGGGCAUUCUCGAAGACUGGGAAACUGAACUGGAACAGCGCCCUGAUAUUGUAAAGCGCAGUGAAAAGGGGCAGAAAAUGAACCGCAAACCUGCAGAGGAGGUCCCUUAUUCAGAGGACGUAGCCUCAAGCCCGGCUCAAAACACCAUGGCACAGAAGUGGUCUUCGUCGGCAGUACUUUCGCAAAUAUCUCGAAAAGGGUCUUUUUCCUUUGAUCCAAGCAACCCAUCGAGUCGGUCUUCCGAUGGUACAAGUAGUGAUGGGCACAACACGUCGUCCUCUUAUGGCUCGCAAAAACCAUUGGAGAACCAACGUGAACUUCCGGGGAGGCGAUAUGCUAUUGCAGCUGACAACUCACAACGAUACCAUUCCGCUCCAUCCUUCGGACUUGACCCGUUUUCAUUCACGCGCAGCUCCUGGGAUUAG